GCUGUCCCCUUCGAUUCAUAGUUGGGGAUUCAAAGAUUUUGGUUACCAAACUUACUGACAUCACCAAAACUCUACAGACGCUGAUCCUACCAGACCCUCCAUUUAGACCCAGCUGCACUUUUUCUUACAAAAGUUGGUGGUGAGACUACUUUCAUCCUCGGUUUCUUGAUGUUAUGGAGAAUAUUUUAGUUCUGGCCCCUCCACAACUCACCAAAAAAUCUGAAGGGAAGAAAGUAGUAAAAGAGAAUGAGGACUUGGAAUCUGCCAUGGCCGCCCAGAUCAGCCAGCCAGAACUGCCAAAGAGAGCUCCCAAACUCCAAGUCAAAAGGAAAUUUGCUACUGCUACAGAUUCCAUGGAAGAAGAUACCCCCUCCAAGCAGUGAAGAACUGGAGAUCAAGAGGUCAGCAGUAAAACCAUAUGCAGCCAAGAAACUCAUCGAAUCUGCCUCUCCCUCGAGGUCCUCUUCUGCCACGGAGACUGAGACGCAACCUGACAAAACAGAAGAUGUUUCCCUCGAUCCUGCUGCCACGAAAGCUCUUGUGGAAGACAUACCUGCUGAGGGUGAUGGAAACAAUUCUGGCUCCUCUCACACCAAAUCUGGCGAUGGUUCUUCACCCACCACAAAGGUUAGGGGUUCUAAAUUCUCUUCACACAUAGCAAGUAAAAGCUUUAGAACAGUUAGAUCGAAUGAACUCAUCGAUCUAAGCCCAGACAAAGAGAAUACCCCUACACCCGUAGCCUCUCUUGCUAGGCAUGUUCAUGUUGAUGACAUUGAGAGUGUUGCUGCUGAUGUGCCCAUGAUUGAUGAUGAUUUGGAGAAUGAACUCCUUGCCCAGCUGGAUAUGUUGAUGGAUACUCCGGCUAAAUCUGGAUCUGCCACAGAUAGUAAAGGGAAGGCAGUUGCUGAAGAAGUGGAUUUUGAUAUCAACCUUCCUACUCAGGAGCAAAUUAGUUUAGCGAUCAUGACCAUGCAAGAGCUCCUUGGUGGUGAUCCUUCCCAUUUCUGCAAAGUGCCGAACCAGCCAGCCGCCUUUGAAGCGGCUCAAAUCUUUAGCCGAGCCCCACAAUUAUCAUCAACUCAACAAAAAUUCUGGGCAGACUUCACCUCCAUUUAUACGCACUUCAGCAAGAGACUCCGGGUGCUUGAAAGCAAAGUAGCAGCUGCAGAUUCUGUCAAGAAGUCUGUAGCGGAUAGCACUGCCGCUGUCUUGAAGAAGAAAGAAGAAUUCUUGGCAGCAAAGGAGACUCAUAUCACGCAAGUUAAACAUGUCCAAGGGCUUAAAGAAGAAAUCUCUAACCUUGAAGCCAAGCUUUCAGAGUUAAGAAACCAAGUUCCUCUCGCGGAGCAAAGUGAGAAGAAUCUGGCAGAACAAAGAAACAAACUCCGCAUGGACAUAGAAGCUGGAUUGAAAUCUACUGCCAAGAUCAAGGAGCAGCUACCUUCUUUCACAGCCUCUGCAGAUGAAGCCGCUGAAGAAAUAAAGAACAUGAGAGAAGAAUGGAGUUCAUGGCAAAACAACCUUUGUUGAUUUUUCUCUUAUGUAUCUCCUUGUCUCUUUGUUGGUUGAAAUUGCACAUUGUCAUGUUUGAACAUAUUGUUUGCGGCCUAUUGGCCAUGCAAACUUCUUUUCAAUGUUGAUCUCUUUCUUGGCUCAUAUACUGGAAAUCUGCUUGUACUUUUUGUUCAUACUCUGGUAUAGGUUGAAAUC